AUGGCAAAGUUGGAGAUUUUGGUAGCUGUUGCUGUGUUUCUGGAGACGGUCUCUGCGGCCUCCCUUGGGGUGGUGUACACAGAGGGAGGUAUGGUGCAGGGCGACAACAUUCGUCUUGGGUUCCGCCGCCACAUGGACGUCUUCAGGGGCAUUCCCUUUGCUGACAUCCCUGGAAGGUUGGAGAAACCCAAAGCUCACCCAGGCUGGGACGGUGUUCUGAAGGCCACGGAGUACAGGAACAGAUGCAUGCAGGUGAACCUCAUUAUGACUGACACCAGAGGCAGUGAGGACUGUCUUUACCUUAACAUCUGGGUUCCUCACGGCCGCUCAGUGUCCACUAAUAUGCCAGUCAUGGUCUGGAUCUUUGGGGGAGGCUUCCUGGCUGGUGGCUCGAUGGGUGCUAACUUCCUGCAAAACUAUCUGUACAGUGGGCAGGAGCUUGCAGACAGAGGAAAUGUUAUUGUAGUGACAUUGGCAUACCGUGUGGGCACUCUGGGCUUCUUGAGCACUGGAGAAUCAGACUUACCUGGAAACUACGGUCUGUGGGACCAGCAGGCUGCCAUCGCCUGGGUGCACAGGAACAUCCGCUCAUUCGGAGGAGACCCUGACAACAUCACCCUCUUUGGAGAGUCUGCAGGUGCAGCUAGUGUCAACUUCCAGAUUAUCACUCCCCACAACAAAGGGACUAUCAAGAGAGCCAUCUCCCAGAGUGGUGUCGCCAUUUGCCCCUGGGCUCUGAACAAGAACCCCCGCAGGUUCGCUGAGGAGGUUGCUCUGAAAGUGAAUUGCCCCACCGAUCAAACUAUGGCUUCCUGUUUGAAGAUGACUGAUCCUGCAGUCCUUACACUGGCUGGCACUCUCAGUCUGCGCAGCUCACCCGAUCACCCCGUCGUAAACAACCUGAUCCUUUCUCCUGUGAUCGAUGGUGACUUUGUGCCGGAUGAGCCUUUCAACUUGUACCACAAUGCGGCUAAAAUUGAUUACAUCGCUGGAGUCAACGACAUGGACGGACACCUCUUCACUGGUGUAGAUGUUCCUACAAUCAACUCCCCCCUAGUGGACACCCCCAUCCAGGAUGUGAAGAGGCUCCUGGCUGCGUACACUAAGGAGAAGGGCAAGGCUGGUUUGGACCAAGCUUAUUCCACAUACACCUCAUCCUGGAACUCAAACCCCAGCAAGGAGACCAUCAAGAGAACCAUUGUGGAUAUUGGAACAGACUUCAUCUUCCUGAUUCCUGUUCAGAGUGCCCUCUAUCUCCAUGCUGCUAACGCAACAACUGGUCGUAGCUACUCCUACCUCUUCUCUGAGCCCAGCCGUAUGGCCGGCAUUGCCCGGCCCUACCCGAGCUGGAUGGGAGCCGACCAUGCUGAAGAUCUGCAGUACAUGUUCGGAAAGCCAUUCUCCACACCACUGGCGUACUGGCCUCGCCACCGUGACGUCUCUGGCUACAUGAUCGCAUAUUGGUCCAACUUCGCCAGAACUGGGGACCCCAACAAAGGAGAGCUGAGAGUGCCCGUUACAUGGCCUCAAUUCACCAGCACGGGACACCAGUUCCUGGAGAUCAAUUCUAAGAUGAACAAGAACUAUGUGAGACAGAAUCUGAGAAUGCGUUUUGUGCAUUUCUGGACCAGCGUCCUACCCGGCCUUCCCUAA